GGAUCUGAAUACUUUUUCCACCACUGACCUUGUGCGUAUUACGGUAUUACGGCAUGUGGCGAAACUGAAUUCUUGCUCCACUCUUGCAGUCAUUACGGUAAUCCUGCAGCAGCUCCGGGUGUCAGCUGAUCUCCUCCUUUACUGGCCAGAGAGGAGGAAAAUCAGCUGAAGGAAAACACUGCUGGAUCCUUAACUAAAACCAUGGCUGCGGAGAUUCAUUCGAGGCCCCAGACGGCUAGACCGAUUCUCCUGAACAAGAUCGAGGGACACUCGGACGCUGUCAACUCCGCCGUGUUAAUCCCUAAAGAAGAUGGAGUGAUCACGGUCAGCGAGGACAGAACCAUUCGGGUUUGGCUGAAAAGAGACAGCGGUCAGUACUGGCCAAGCAUCUACCACACAGUCUCCUCUCCAUGCUCUUGCAUGUCGUACCACCAUGACAGCAGACGCAUCUUCAUAGGCCAGGACAAUGGGGCUGUUGUGGAGUUUCUCAUCUCUGAAGACUUUAACAAGAUGAACCAUGUCAAAACAUAUCCAGCCCACCAGAACCGCGUGUCAGAUAUGGUGUUCUCCCUGGAAAGUGAGUGGGUGGUGAGUACUGGGCACGACAAGAGUGUGAGCUGGAUGUGCACCCAGAGUGGCAGCAUGCUGGGGAGACACUACUUCACAGCCUGGGCCUCCUGCCUACAAUAUGAUCACGAGACGCAACAUGCCUUUGUUGGCGAUUACUCAGGACAGAUCACGCUGCUGAAGCUGGAGAAGCAGACGUACUCCACCAUCACUACACUGAAGGGUCAUGAAGGUAAAGACUCACCUGCCUGUAGUAUAGCUACCCUGUGGUGGGACCCUGUGCAGAGGCUGCUGUUCUCAGGGGCGUCCGACCACAGCGUCAUCAUGUGGGACAUCGGGGGCCGAAAAGGACGAACAUUACUGCUGCAGGGACACCAUGAGCGUGUUCAGGCCUUACGUUACCUCCAGUUGACGAGGCAGUUGGUGUCGUGCUCAGCUGAUGGAGGCAUGGCAGUGUGGAACAUGGACGCACAGAGAGAAGAGGCGCCGCAGUGGUUAGACAGCGACUCUUGUCAGAAGUGUGAGCAGCCUUUCUUCUGGAACAUCAAGCAGAUGUGGGACACUAAGACCCUGGGGCUGAGACAGCACCACUGCAGGAAGUGCGGCAAGGCUGUGUGUGGGAAAUGUAGUUCUAAACGCACCACAUUCCCAAUCAUGGGCUUCGAGUUCCCGGUGCGAGUGUGUGAUGCCUGCUUUGAAAGCAUCAAAGAUGAAGAUCGGACACCAUUGGCCACGUUCCACGAGGGGAAACACAACAUUGCCCACAUGGACAUGGACCCAUCCAGAGGCCUGAUGGUCACAUGUGGAAGCGACCGCAUUGUUAAGAUCUGGGAUGUGACGCAGGUGGUUGGCUGUAGCUUAGCAACAGGCUUCUCCUCACGCUGACUAGCCGAGCCCACCACACGGUCCCCCCACUGCUCCGCCCCCUCCUCCAAUGUCAUGGAAACCCCUGGACACCGUAUAUCUACCCAUCACCCCCAGGAUGUUCAGCUGCAACCAGACCUGCUCUCGCUGAAUGUAUGGAGCAGUUCUAGGACUCAUUUUGUUUGUGCCAUCUUCAGUUGAGCAACCACUAGAAUGGAUGGCCUUCAUGUUGAUGAGAGGCCACAUCAACACAUGACUCAUUUUCACACCGCCGUGGCCCAUAAUCUCAAACUCUGUAAAUUAAUUUGUUUUUUUCUCUUCAGAUGCUUGUAAAAAAAAACACAAAAAAAACACUCGCUGUUGUUAAUGUAUCUCUCAAAAUAAUUGUAUUUUUUAAAUACUUUUGUUGACAAUACAGUACUGACUUAAGUAUCUCUGGGUCCUCAAAGCAGGAAACAGAGAGGAAAGAAUUGAUGCUUAAUAAAGAUAUUCUGAUAUGUUUA